AUGAAGAAGACGAAGGUAGGCUGCGAGUUGUGCGACGGCGAGGCGGCGCUGCGGUGCGAGUCGGACUGUGCCUUCCUGUGCUGGGGAUGCGACGCCAGAGUCCACGGAGCCAACUUCCUCGUCUCGCGCCACCCCCGCCGCCUGAUCUGCGUCGAAUGCGGUUCCGCCGAGGGCGACCAGCGGCCGGUUUCAGGCCCCGGAUUCCUCCCGCUCCGCUUCCUCUGCCGCUCCUGCACGGACCACGGCGACGGCGGGGCCCUGUCCUCCGAGUCGGAGUCUUCUUCCUGCUGUUCCUCCACACGGCACACUUCCGCCUCCUCCUCCUGCGUCUCCAGCGCCGAAUCCGGGGCCGCGGCAGGCCAACGGGACGGCGGCGGCGGGAUCACCUCCAUCUCCCCCUCCGAGGGGGCCUCCUCCUCCAUCAAGUUCGCGCGCUCCAUCCGAUCUGCCGCCGGAUCAAGUCCUCGUCGGGAGAGGAAGAGCCGGAGGAUCGGUGGCGGCGGGCGGGAGCUUGACGCGAGAGCAGAGGGCGCCCUUCUGAGCUGGUGCCGCCGCGUGGGCCUGGACGACCCCCGCGCCGCCGCCGCUGCCGCCGCCCACGCUCUCGCCGUCGGAAUGCAGAGGAUGCCGUCGGCGCCCUUCCGCGCGAUCGCCGCGGCGGCGCUGUGGUUCGCCGUCAAGACGACGACGUCUCGCGCGGCGGCGGCGGCGCCGUUGCUGAGGCAGGUGGAGGCGUGCUCCGGCGUGCCGGCGAAGCUCAUCCUGGCCGCGGAGGCGCGGAUAUCACGCGCCAUCCGUCGGUGCCACGUCGGCGAAGAAGGAGAGGGCUGGGCCGAGUGCUCCUCCUCCUGA